UAAUCGAAUUGCGCCAGCGCAAUUCCAACGAAAGCAUUGAACUUUAAUUUUUACAAAAAGAGACUUAAGACAAAAUCAAAUGGCAUAAAAAUCAUUACGUGAGGAUAUAAGCAAUUAAAUGGUGUAGUUGCAAAUAUUUUCAGAACGAUAUAUAAUAAUAUUCUACGACGAAUUCUGUAGUCAACGCAAUACGAAGUGUAAAGGUUUUUCUCUUUCGUGAAGUAGAAGCCAUUGUAACACAUUGAAGUUACUUCUUGUUGCUGUGUAACACUACUCUUAAAGUUUUAAGUUCCUUCAAGGCAGUAAUGGCUGUCAAGGGGCUAAUAGCAGCAAUUGUUCAAUUUUUAACUCAACAAUUAGAAGAAGGUGAUAUUACAGCAGAUUCUCGGGAAAGUCUUGAAGUAGCAAUACAAUGUUUAGAAAGUGCUUAUAAUGUACAAGCAUCAGAUACUCCAACAAAUUUUAACUUAUACGAAGUUUAUAAGUCUUCCGUAGAAAAUGCAAAACCUUAUUUAGCUCCAGAAGCUACCCCAGAAGCAAAAGCUGAAGCUGAAAGAUUAAAAAAUGAAGGAAAUGCUCUCAUGAAGGCUGAAAAACAUCAUGAAGCUCUUGCCAAUUAUACGAAAGCAAUUCAAUUAGAUGGUCGUAAUGCAGUGUACUAUUGUAACCGUGCUGCAGCAUAUAGUAAAAUUGGCAAUUAUCAACAAGCAAUUAACGAUUGUCAUACUGCAUUAUCCAUUGAUCCCUCGUAUAGUAAAGCAUAUGGACGUUUAGGUUUAGCAUAUUCCAGCUUGCAAAGACAUAAAGAGGCUAAGGAAAGCUAUCAAAAAGCUUUAGAAAUGGAACCUGACAAUGAAAGUUAUAAAAAUAAUCUACAAGUAGCAGAAGAAAAAUUAGCUCAGCCAAGCAUGAGUAAUAUGGGAUUAGGUGGAAGUGCAUUACCAGGCAUGGAUCUUAGUUCACUCUUGAGUAAUCCUGCUCUUAUGAACAUGGCUCGUCAAAUGUUAUCCAAUCCAGCUCUACAAAAUAUGGUGAGCAAUUUUAUGAGUGGACAAGUCGAACAGGGAGGACAUAUGGAUGCUCUUAUAGAAGCUGGUCAACAUUUUGCACGACAAUUACAAAAUGCUAAUCCUGAAUUAAUUGAAUCUUUAAGACGACAAAUGGGAGGAAAUCCAAAUGAUCCAGAUCCACCUCAACAAAAUUAAAAAUUGAUUAUGAUACGUUUUAAUGAUUUUACAUGAAAUGGAAAUAAUCAAAUUUAAUUGGAACAUAUACAUUAUUAAAAAGCAGUGUGUAUCAUUUUCUAAUAUGAAAAAGUGAAAAAUUGUAAUUAAAAUUCACUU